AUUCGCGCGUAAGUAAUAACGGAGUUUGGCUGUGUUUUCACUUCAUUUCAGAUAAUUAAUCGAUUACUGUGUGUGCACUAAAACUAAACAAAUGUCAAUGCAAUAAAUUACUUUUUUCACUGUUUUUUCUAUAUGUAUUACACGGCUUCUUCACCAUCGGCACCUGAUUCCAAGAUAAUACCCUUCAACGAUACGAUGAAAAUUGAGAAAACCAACACUCAGAGAGAGAGAGAGAGAGAAUGCGAGCCGAAUUGACAACGUUUCGGUAUGCUGUGUGAUAUACGAAUGCACAAUGCAUACACGCACACACUUUUCAUCAUUGGUGGUGUGAGCAGAGCAUCGAACAGCGAGUGCCAAUGACAGCGAAUGCGACUGUACGUUCGCUUAGAACAGUGGUGAUUGUUGUUGCAUUCGUAUGACAGUUUGAAUUGUGUCAAUCAACAGCAGUCAACGGAACAAAAAUGGAUGAAGCGAUAAAUUUUCUAAACGUGGAAAUCGGUGUGUUCUUACGGUAUCUGCGGUGUUUUUCAAAGAUUGAAAAUGUACAGAUCAGCAAAAAGACGAUGGAACUGAUGCAAGAAGUAUUUCUUAAUAUGAAAGAGCUGUCGCAAAAUGCCAGAAUCAUUGAAAAUUCCGUCAAAAAUGAUGUGGACUUUCUGUUUGAGCUCAACGAACAUCAGUACGAAUUGCAGCGACAUAUUUUGUGCCGAACGUGCCUUGAUUUAUUUCCAUUGACAAAGCAUGAUUUCCUGGCACAUUUGAAAACGAAACAUCGCAAUGUCAAUUCCACCGGAUCAAAUUCAUUCUCGUCAGAAUUUCUAGCCGAAAACGAAUCGACCAUUUAUCAGUUCAAUGGCCACAACAAAUCGGUAUCACCGAACAGCGAUGGCGGCCAUCAUUCGAGCAGUGUGUUUAGCGAUCAGGGUUUUGUCGAAGACAGCAGUUUUUCGCAGAGCAAUGUGCAACACCCACGGUAUUCGGAUAUUCUUCGAACGGCAGUUCCAGCACCCGAGCCUGAAGAAAAUGUGGUCAAUAUUAAGCCAAUCGAUAUGCUGAUGACGCUGGGCGAUUUGAUAAGAACAGAUCGAUGCUUUGAGGCAAUCUCAGUAGAAAUGGUCAAUUUCAUGACUCGAACUGACCAACGGAUUCAAUGCGAAAAGAAAAUUUUGGACAUUUUGACAAAAGCGGUCAAUUUGUUCGACCCUUUUCUGAAGGUCUUGUCAUUUGGAUCGGUUGAAUACAGCUUUAGUGGUCCAAACACAAACUACAACCUCUUGAUUGAUACACGAAAAUCGGGGAAGGCACCAGCGCUUCUAUUGCGCACAUUCCAAAGUUACUUUACGCGCUCAGAAGUACAGCGUUAUUUUGACACGCCGGUAAAGAUCAACUCGAAUCGUGUACAGAAGCAACAGUUGCAAAUGGUCCACAAAGAAUCGGGCAUUAAAUGCUUGCUGGUGUUUGACAACGACAUUACCGUUAGCAAUGCAGCCAAAAUUAUCAACGAUUUCAUUGCUUUGAAACCAAUCUGUCGUCAGCUGAUUGCGUAUGUCAGAGCAUGGCAAAACGUUGUGAAUGACCUCGCCACGCAACAUGGGGACGCUGCAUUCCACUUCAACACAUACAUCAUUUCGGUGCUGGUAAUAUUCUUCAUGCAAGUCCAAUACGAUUUGCCAACUGCGGCCGAUGUAUCGAUCCUUGUCGCAAGUGGCAAGGUCAAUCCAAGUGCGAAGUCAAUACUGGAAGAGCAAAAAGACUUUGGCCGAAUACUGUACGAAUUUUUCCAUUUUUAUGGCAUUCGCUACGAAAUCAAUAACCAUUUGAUCAGUGCACGUAUCGGUCGUUGGCAGGAGCAACGAUUGACUCAACAACAAAAGUACUUUACACCGGAACAAAAACGAUUGAGAGAUGGCAUGAACGCAAGUGUGGCAAACUGGCAAAAAUGUACCAUGUUUGUGCAAGACUUGAUCGUAGCAGGCGUGAAUAUCACUGCAGAAAUACCCAAGGAGCAAGCAUACAACUUCCAGGGAAUGUGCCAGAUGUUCCAGAAUGGGUUAAUCAGACCCUCCCCGGUGAAGCGAGUGCCGAAAGCAUCGCCGACAGAACACUUGCCCAUGCGCAGAGCAACAUCUGUAAGCAGUUUGCCAUCAACCAAACCUUCUGCAAGUCGUGGUAAAGCACCAAAAGAGGAUAAAUCAAAAGUGGCCACCUCAAAUCUACUGAAAAAAGCUCCAACCAAAAAGGGCGCUGCCAAAACUCCACUCGCCACAAUCGAUGAGGCAAUCAAGAAUGAAAAAAUCUAUGAAUUAAUUAGAAGCGAGUUGGAGAAGGUAUCGUUGCGUUCGGAUGAAAGAGUUCGCUAUGAGUCACGCAUUUUAGGAUUUUUGACACAUCAAUUCAAGUUGUUUGAUCGCACAUUGGCACUAAUUCCAUUCGGUUCGACCACAUUCGGUUUUGGCGGAUCGAAUUCAAACUACAACAUUCUCGUUGAUACUCGAAAAUCUCAACAAGUGCAAGCGCUUGUAUUGGAAUCAUUCGAGAAAUAUCUCACAAGAACGGACAUUCAGCUGAAUUUUGAAGGGAUAGCAGAAAUUUUGGCCAGUCGCACCCUGAAGCAACAGUUGCGAAUGAUUCACAAAGAAUCUGGUAUUCACGUUUUGUUAUUAGCUGAUGAUGUGGCCGUGGCCGAUACGCAAAAAGUUAUCUGCGAUUUCAUUGCAUUUAAACCGAUUUGUCGCAACUUGAUCGAGUGCAUAUUGGCUUGGCGAAAUGCUUUGAAUAGCAUUUUAGCACCAACUGGAACGAUUGCAUUCCAGUUCAACACGUACCUAAUCUCUGUGCUUGUGAUAUUUUUCAUGCAAGUGAACUAUGAAGUUCCCACCACACAAGAGAUGGUCUCAAUUCGAUCAAAUGCCGAGGCAAUGAAAAAGGCCCAUUCAUCACUCGACAAAGAUUUGGCGAUGUUCGAUAAAAUAUUGGCCGAUUUCUUCUGGUUCUAUGGGCAACGUUAUCAGAUUUGGAACCAUGUGAUUAGUCUGAGCAUUGGUCGGUGGCAAGAGAGACGCAUUCAAGAUCAACAGAAACAUUUCUUGCCGAACCAAAAAAGAUUGAGAGAUGGCAUCAGCGAGAGUCCGGCUAAUUGGAAAAACUGCACAAUGUAUGUUGAAGACGUGACUCGACCCGGCAUCAAUAUAGCAGCUGAGAUCACCACGAAAGAUGCUUACGGCUUUCAAGAAAUGUGCCAAGUGUUUGCCAAGAAGAAUAUUUGCCACAAAAUUUGCCAAAAAGAUGAAGAUGAAAUCUGAAAUCCAUCACCUCUUUAUAAUGUCAUAAUCAGAAGAUACUCACAUUAUGUAACGCUUAUUAUUACUGCCAAUUAAAAUUGAAAAGAAACAAUUAGAAUAAAGCAAAGCAAAGCAAUGAAUAUCAAAGUAGAGAAAUAAUGAAAGAUGUAAGCCGAAACCAGUUAUUCAAUAAACAAUAAACUAUUUAUUA